GGUUUGAGAAGCAGCCUUUCAUUGUUUUCUUUUUGUCCUAGGAAAGCAGUAUUCAAGGCUGGAUUUUAUCGCUUGUCUGUGCAUGAGCGUUGGACUUAUAUUUUUCACUCUCGCUGAUAGUGAAGUUUCACCGAAUUUUAACCACACUGGGGUGAUUCUUAUAUCCCUGGCACUGUGUGCUGAUGCCGUGAUCGGCAAUGUGCAAGAAAAGGCAAUGGUAAUGUAUGAUGCCCCCAAUACCGAAGUGGUUCUUUACUCUUACGGAAUUGGAUUUUUCUAUAUUCUCUUUGGUUUGCUGAUUUCUGGAGGAUUUUUUGAAGCAUUUUCAUUUUGUUUACAGCAUCCUUUGAAGACUUACGGCUACGCAGUGGUUUUCUCCCUAUCAGGCUACUUUGGCAUCUUAUAUGUAUUGACUCUAGUUCGACUGUUCGGUGCAUUAGUAGCAGUCACAGUGACUACAUGUCGCAAGGCAGUGACAAUUGUCAUUUCAUUUAUUUUCUUCACAAAGCCAUUUUCCUUCACAUAUGUUUGGGCUGGUCUGGUUGUUCUACUUGGAAUCGCAAUAAAUAUUUAUCAAAAGAACAAAAGCAAGAUAAAUUAUAUAUUGUGGCAUAUUUUUAGUUUAGCAUUGAUUAAAACUCAAACCCUUCUUUAUCCAAGAAAACAGAACGUUCUUGAGAUUUGAUGUGUUGUAAGUAUUUUAACUUCGAAACUUAAUAAAUUAUUAAAUUUUAUGAGUCUUUCCUUUGACCAGUUUUUGUUUCCACUGUAAUAAUUUGUGUGUCAGCAGAGAGUCAACAAAUCUUGUUACUUUUCUAAGAAAUGAAUUUUUUAACACAAAAUGAUCAAUCAAAAAACUUGACUUAUUCAUAAUUUUGAAUUAAAACUUUUUUCAUAAUUGAAAACGUUUGUACCAAUAGAGCAUCAUGAACCCUCACCUCCAAAUACCUCUUGAGUCUAUGUUUUUCUUAACCAAUUUUAACAUCUCUAUUUCACCUUCUAUUGUUCUUUCUUUCUCUAAUUUGUGAAACAUCUGAGACCAAAUGGUUUGAUAUUUAUCUCAUCAUUUUCAAAGAUCUUUAGCCACCAAGAUCCUGUGUCUAAACUUAAAUGGACCUUACCUAAUGGAACUUAUCAAUUUUGAUAUUU